AUGCCUGGCCGCGACCUCCUGCGUCGCUCCGAUACUCACUCCUCACCUGCCCACGGCGACAUGACCGCCUCAUACAGUGCCAUGCUACAGCGACCAACAAGCACCGCCGUUACCACUGGUGGUCUUCUUUCGCCUACCGCUCCAACACCGCGAGCUAUGGUUACUUCGUCCACUGCAGCAGUACGCAGACCCUCUCUUCCUUCACGGCAUUCAAUAACAAAUGAAACCAUCGCCGACGCCUAUGUCAGCUUCAUAUUCUAUUGCAAUCCGGCAGUGCCUCCCGGUACGGACUCCUCGGCCCUCAAGGAGGCCUUCUGGUUGCCACCCAAGAGUGAAGGCAAGACUUUUAGCACCUUCACUCUGUACGAGCUUAUCGGGAAGCUGAAUCAACGGGAUGAGGUCAAGACUUGGGGCGAUCUGGCUCUCCGCCUUGGCGUCGAACGGCCCAAAGCCGAGAAGCAACAAAGCGCCCAAAAGAUACAACAGUACGCGGUGCGCCUGAAGCGCUGGAUGAAGUCGAUGCAUGUAGACGCGUUCUUCAACUACCUCUACGGCGAGGAAAACGAAUAUUUCAUGGACAUUCCGCCAGAAGGAACUCCCAUCACUGAUGUCUCACGAGAUGGCGUAGCGCCCGAGGAUGACAUGGCUUUGCGCGCCCUUCUCCCUCACAUAAGGCCCAGAAGGGGCAGAAGGGCACGGGAUGACGAUGAGUCAGGAGAAUCGCCCGCCAAGGUAGCUAGGACCGAGAUGGAUGAUUGCCCACCAACUGCCGGCCGGACGGAUGCUAUACAUGACCCUUGGUCAGCUCUGCCUGGCAGUCUCGGCGGUGAGCUGAGGAAUGUGCCAGGAGCUACCAAUCAAGCUUGGACGAACGAUCUACCUCCACUAUCGGCGCACCCUCGGUCAGCAAUCACACCCUCUACGAAAGCUCAGUUCUGGGCUGAUGAGCCCAAGUCAGCUACCACGCCCCACCGCACAGGCCGUACCGGUCACAAACGGCAUGGACCAAAAGUGGUGUCGUCGGCCUGGAAGAGCGGCCAAGGUACGAGCGGCAAGACCCGCGGGCGGCCUCCUAACAGCCGUGUUUCAAACAACGAAGGCGCCCCGGCUUACCCAACUGACACACCAACCUCAGCCGCGCCGAACUGGGCAACAAGUAAUAAUACCACUGAUCUUGGUUGGAGCCGUGGCGAUUUGCCAAACACACACGACAUCCUACAGUCUAAAGCUUCCCAAACGCCAGCCAAACCUGAGGCGACUCCGCCAACCCUUCCUGCUUUAAACACGACCCUUUCGAUUCAGGAUCUGCAACAACAGCCGUACCCGCAGCCCGGCCUGCAGUCGUCUUCCCGGCCACUAGAGAAGCCCAAGGGACUGUCAUUGCAUGUUCCUGAGAGGGUUGGAAACGAGGUACGAUUAGCAACACCUCCUCCACCUGCCGUUACGGUCAAUGGACAGUCGCCUGCUCCACCGGGCCAGGGACCAGAAUUAUCAGCAUCCGAGGUCCCAUCAGUCCCCACCGUGCGGCUCACGCCAGAAAUAACGUCAUCCGUACCACCGCCGGACCCUAGCACCAGCGACAACGACAGGCCCAAAGUUUGCUUCAGAGAUCCUAGCAAUCGCACCAACAUGGACGAGCUUGAGGGCUUCUUUGCACACGAGAUCAUGACCGGAAUCUGGCGGGACAAGGACGGCAACAGAUUGCCUAGCUGCAGCGUGGACGAAGCAUUUGCUAUAGUCCGCAAGGUCAUUCAGAGCCUCCUGGAUGCUGCCAUUACGGAGGUUGGGUUCAUGCUCAAUGUAUCUGCUCUUGCCGGUGGCAAGGUGCUCAUGACGACCUCAUCACUGCAGAUCACAGUCGUUGAGGAACGAGAAGAGGAAACUCUUUACAGUUGCAAGUGGCUCUUGCAGCUUGGUGACUUAAAGGGCGAUUUCGAGAUGCAGGAAACGGUAAGACACGACACGUGGCGGAAACCGGGAGAUUCGAGGCCGAAUGGAGUCUCACGACCUGAUGCCUCUGUUCCAAAGGCGUCACGAUCAGAUGAAUCCAAGGUGAUGGCCGCGUCGACAAGCCAGGGCAGCUCAGAUGGGACUGCUCCAAAGCCAAGAACGAACCCGGCUAGCUCUGUGGAACUGAAUGGCACUGAAUCCGCUGAUUACUGGAAGGAGAAGUACCGGGAACUGGCCGAGAUGUAUAAGCGGAAGGAUAAGGAGCUAGCCCGGGUGCAAUCAGCAGUAAUGAAGGCUCUGCAGGAUCCACGUCCGGACCGACUCUAA